AUGCUUGCCGGCUCUCUCCUCACACUUCUCCUGGCCACACUGGUUGCUGCGCGCGUGCAGCCCCGAGAGACCCCGUCGGCCCAGAAUCCGCACCCGGUGCGCGCUUUGGUGGAUCGGUCGACGGAGCCAGCGUGUGAAGACCUCACUGCCCGUGUCUGUGUAAGCAAGCCUUUGCUGCCCCCAUUGUAUCGUACCUUUGCCGUGCCAGCUGGACAGGUCCCUUCUAACACGACACAAGUGCUGCAACGAGAACGGGUGCUCGGGAGGCGAUUGCUGUGGUAA